AUGGCUGUUGACAUCGUUGAGGGAGCAGAGUUGGGGCAAAGGCACAAACAAUGGACUGAGGUGCUUUCUUCAGAGCCUAGGGCUUCCAUUUUUCACAAUUUUUUGUCUAAGGAAGAAUGUGAAUAUCUUAUAAAUCUAGCUAAACCUCGUAUGUCGAGAUCAAAAGUGCUAGACCCAAAUACUGGUCAGACUGGACAUAGCAGCUCGCGCACAAGUACUGGCAUGCAUUUGAAAAGGGGUCAUGAUGAAGUCGUUAGGGACAUUGAGAGAAGGAUAGCAGAUUACACAUCAAUUCCUGUGGAGAAUGGAGAAGGUCUUUCCGUUAUCAAUUAUGAAGUCGGACAAAAGUUCGAGCCUCACCACGAUGUCCACCGUAUGGCUACUCUUUUGAUGUAUCUAUCAGAUGUUGAAGAAGGCGGAGAGACGUAUUUUCCCGAUGCUAUCGCUAAGAGGAAGUGUUGCUGUUUUCCAGGAUGCACAAAAAGAAGGGGGCUUUAUGUGAAACCAAAAAUGGGGGAUGCAUUGUUUUUCUGGACCUUGAAGCCUGAUCGAACUACUGUGGAUCCAUCAAGCUUACAUGGUGGUCGCCCAGUGAUCAGAGGUGAUAAGUGGGCAUGUAUCAAGUGGAUGCAUGCUGAAGAAUUCAAAGCCUCCAAGAGUUAUACUCGACAUAGUUAA